GGUGUCAUCAAGUCAUAACCUAUUUUUUCUGUUUUGGAAGCCCUAUCAAAAUUUUCAGUGGAAUUCACAAUGAUAAAGCGUACCAUAUUCUAUUUAUUGGUUGUAAACUACUUGUUGUUCGCGCAAGGGAAGGGAACAAGGGUUGGUAAUUUUUUGGCAACUACUAUGAUGACACUGACAUACUUCCCAAUAUGCUGGAAUUAUAGUUUUUACAUCAGUCCAGCCUGUUGAAGUCUCUACAGUCCAAAUUACAUACAAACAGAAACAAGAGCCUCCGCCCAAUGGUACAUACAAUGUUCCCAGCAAUUGCAAGUUCCCAUUUGGCUAUGAGCAACAGAUAAAUGUUAACGAUCUAGAUAAUCAUACUAACAAAGUACACUGUGUCGAGGGUAAAGAUUUGAAUGCCCUGGAGGGUAAAUGCCCAUUGGAUCCUACAAACGGAUCUUUAAUGGACCCGUAUCAAUUUUGCCCAUCAGUGCCGGUAGUUCCGCCCCCACACGAGAUUAUCUUCAGUUCUAGCGGCAUCCCACAACCUGAACUACAGUGUAAAAAGUGCGAUUUGAGACUAACCGAAGACGGGAAAGCCGUAGUCGUUGAAUGUUUUCAGUGCUACGACAUCCCUGCUCCAUCUAGAGAAGCGAACAAAACUCAAAGAAACAUAUUGUAUAAAGCAUAUUUCCUUGAAAUAGCAAACUACACGACUGUCCAGGUAGUUGGAGCUGAGCAUUUCGAUUUGAUCAACUGAAGUGGUCACGUCUUUGAUAAUUGCGCUUUGACUGACUCGUGUUGAGGUUAUGUGUAUUAUGUGUUCAUUUUGGAAUUUGGAAGUUGUGAGUGAAGUAUUUUAAAAGCAAACAUGUGGAGAUCAAAGGUAACAAAAUUAAUAAGACUACAAACAGGUUGCCCAACAUACAGAUACAGUUCACAACUGGCAAGACAGAAAUUAUCCACAGAAUCGUCUGACGUCCAGCUUUUCAAAGAGGGGCAGGAAUACCAUGGAUUCUUAGUAAAAUCUAUUGAAGACAUAUCUGAAUUCAGAAUCACAGCAGUGCUUAUGCAACAUGAAAAAACUAAAGCCCAGUACCUGCAUUUGUUCCGCAAUGAUACGAAUAAUACAUUUUCUGUCAAUUUUCGGACAACGCCAAUGAACAGCUCUGGGCAGCCCCAUAUUUUGGAACAUACUGUGCUGUGUGGAUCAGAGUUAUACCCAGUUAGAGAUCCAUUUUUUAAAAUGUUAAGUCGAUCACUGGCUACUUUUAUGAAUGCCAUGACUGGGCCAGAUUUAACCAUGUAUCCAUUUAGCUCCCAAAAUUAUUCAGAUUUCAGAAAUCUGCAAAGGAUAUACUUGGACGCGGUUUUCAGACCAUUACUUAAAGAGCCAGAUUUCAGACAAGAAGGUUGGCGAUUAGAACAUACAGACCCACAAGACAUAAAAAGUUCGAUCAUGAUAAAAGGGGUGGUCUACAAUGAAAUGAAGGGCGUAUUUUCAGAAAACGAAAAUAUCAUUGGACAAAGGAUACAAUGUGCAAUAUUACCUGACCACACAUAUGGAGUGAUAUCUGGUGGGGAUCCGAAAGAGAUUCCUAACCUUUCAUAUAGUGACUUGGUGAAGUUUCACAAGGAACAUUAUCAUCCUAGCAAUGCUAGGUUUUAUUCUUAUGGGAAUUUUCCAUUGUUGCCCUCUUUGGAAUAUAUUAACAAUGAAUAUUUGUGCAAAUACGCUUACUCUCCCAUGUCGCAUACUCAGGUUCCACAUCAGAAAAGAUGGACAGAACCAAAAAAAGAACAUAUAACCUGCAGGUAUGACUCCAUGGGCGAUGUUAUAGAAAAGCAAAAUACUGUUACCAUCAGUCUAUUACUGUCAAGUAACACCAAUGUAUAUGAAACCUUCUUGAUGCAAUUUUUGACAGAGCUCCUGAUUAAAGGUCCAAAUUCUCCAUUUUACAAAUCCAUGAUUGAACCGAACUUUUCUGGAGGUUUUACCCCUUCUACUGGAUUUGAUACUCAGCCUAAGGACUGUAUUUUCACCAUUGGUCUACAAGGAGUCAAAAAUGAUGACUUUGACAAGGUGGUAAAAAUAUAUGAAGAUACAGUUGCCAGCAUAGUCGAGAACGGUUUCGAAUCUCAACACAUUGAGUCCGUCCUUCACAGAUUCGAAUUAUCUGUCAAACAUGAAACGAGUAACUUUGGUCUGCACUUGCUAUUUGGACUAACGCCCACAUGGAAUCACACGGAGGAUAUCGUGAACUCCCUGAAAGUGAACGAAAUGAUAGAUAGUCUGAAAAUGCAUUUGAAAAACGAUCCGAAGUAUCUGCAGCAGCAGGUGGAGAAAUAUUUCAAGAACAACACUCAUAAGUUGAUAUUGACCAUGUCAGCGGAUAAGUCCUUUGAAGAAAAGUUAGCUAAAGAGGAAAAGCAGCUGAUUAAGAAGAAGACAAAGAAGCUGUCCGACGUCGACAAAAAGUCCAUCUUUGAUAAAAACCAAGAACUCCUGAAAAUUAUGCAAGAACCUGCGAAAACAGAACUACUUCCCACUUUGACCAUAGACGAUAUUAGCGACAGCGUCGAGAGAGUGGACAAAGUCCAAGUGACACUGAAUCAUGUCCCCACCCAGAUCAACAGGGUUAAUUCUAACGGAAUCGUGUAUUUCAAGGCAAUUCUGAACACGAAUGAACUGUCACCAGAGCAACAAAUGAUGCUACCAUUGUUUUGUUACGUGAUCAGUAAAUUGGGCACAGAUAAAAUGAACUUUAGGGAGUUUGAUAGUUUGGUUAAUAGAAAGACGGCAGGGUUGAGCUUCCAGAACCAUAUAGGGGAAAGCCUGUUUCAUUUGCACACGUACGAACCUGGAAUGUAUUUGUCAAGUUAUUGUCUAGAAAAGAAUGCAGACAGUAUGUGGGACAUUUGGAAUCAAAUAUUCACAAUAACCGAUUUGAAAGAUAUAUCGCGAUUUCAAAUGCUGGUUCAGCUUUAUAUGGCAAAUUUGACACAUGGCAUCGUUGAUUCAGGUCAUAUUUAUGCCAUGCAAGCCGCGUCUAGUCUAGUCUCUGGAUCUGCAUACCAAAUAGAGCAACUUUCAGGUCUUCAGCAUAUAUCUUAUAUGAAGAGGCUAAUACAUACAUCAAAUUUCAAAGCAAUUUUAGAUGAAAUACUCAAUAUUGCGAAGAUACUGUUUGAUAAGAAGAAAAUGAGGGUAGCGCUGAAUAUCUCUCCUGACAGUCAAACCUCGGUACUUCGAAGUUUCGAAAACUUCAUAAUGGGUCUCCCUGACGUGCCAGCAACUUUAAAUACAGACAGUGACAGUGUAUAUGUCACUGGCAAGAAACAUGUCUCUACCCGCGGCGUAUGCAUCUACCGAAGCAUACAUAGCAGAUUGCCUAGGCUUCCUAAAAUCAUAUCAGUGGCUAUAUAACUAUCACAAUACUCAUGUGCUGGUGAAAAAUGUAUUCAAAAACUUUCCUUGCGAAUGGAUGGAUUAUUUUAAGAAUAUUUCAAAUGAGGAAUUGAACUUGUUUCCUUUAAAUCAGUUAAAGAAAGACUGUCCCAAAAGUUUUCAAGACUUAUUAGAUAAAAUUAGUUCACUGAAGCCAAAUAUCGAAGUAGAACAUUUUGAAUGUCAAGUUGAACCUUCUUGCAACUAUUCUGGAUUAAGUCAGAAGAAACUGCAUGAAAUUUUGAGACUAGCAGCUUUCAUAGAUAAGAUUUGUAGACAACAAAAUUUGGAUUUUGUUUUAGAUAUCGGGUCUGGUUUGGGUUAUCUUUCGCACCUUCUCAACUUCAAAUACAGUCACAGAGUCUUGGGGAUUGAAUGUAAACCAGAUUUUGUCAAGUUGGCUUACGCAAAUCAAGAAAAACAUCACCCAAACUGUCAUAAUCUAGUGAAAUUCGAAGAACACUUUAUAUCUUCUCAAUCAGCAAGCAAACUAACUGACCUAUACGAAACACAUUUUGUGUCACAGGGACUUAGAUCUGGCUGUUUAGUAGGCCUUCACGCAUGUGCUGAUUUGAGCAUAUGCAUUUUAGGGAUAUUCUCCAAACUUGAGUUUUCAAAAUGUUUGGUGAUAAUGCCAUGUUGUUACCACCGGAUAGAACUAGAAGAUGAAAACGAAAAUAGGGAGUGUUUUAAAAACUUUCCCUCCAGUGCAAAGUUCAGGAAUAUAUUCAACGAAUAUGAGGCAGACACAUACAUCCGAAGACCAUUUUUGAGACUGGCAUGCCAACAAACCCUUAAUAGUUUUAUUAAUAUGUCAGAAGCUGAACAUGAGGAGCAUGCAUUCAGCUUCAUGUCUAGAGCCAUCUUGCAAGAAGUUACAGAAAUAGUUACAGAUCUUUGAGUUUCAUCCUCUACGCUAAGGAUUGAAUCAGGGAUUCGAUUAACACGGUUGAGGAGGUGGACCAACCUAAAUUGAGUGAAGAAUGUCAGGUACAUCGCCAACAUCGCAAGUCACCAAAAAUACAAAAUUCCGGAUCAUUGGAUGACCGUUUUGAAAUUUAUUUGACAAACUUGAAAAACAGCCAUCAAAUCAGUGGUCCUCCAGAUUUUGAUUAUGAACGCUUUUUGGAAAAAAUGAGACUUGAAUGGGAGCAACAGAAAGGAAACAUAGCUAUAUUUGAAGCACUUACAGGUCUGCAAGCGGCUUUACAAGGGCUCUGCGAAAAUUUGGUUCUGUUGGAUAGAGUAGAAUUUCUCAAGGAGAAAGGAAUGAGAUGUGAAGUUAGAAAAAUUGCAGAUGAAAGGGUAUCUCCCAGGUGUUUCGCUAUUUGUGCCUUCAAAUAAUAGUAGACAAUUGUUUGUAUGGCAAAAAAAGAUGAAUCCUUCACGGCGAUUUUUUACAUCAUUAGUAUAAAAAAAUCUGAUAUAUCUUUCAAACUAAGUCUCUAGCAAGAAAAUGAGGCCAAUAUUAGUCCGUUUGAUUGAGCCAAAGUUGGAGGGCAGGUCGUUAAAAAAGGCUUUUUCCUCAAAAGAAUUAGUAACAAUAAUACAUAGUCUAAUCGUAAUAGCAAAUUUCCCCGAAAUAAUUGUAAAGUCUGGUUUUAUUGAUGGAAGUUAUUGAAGGGGGUAUUUAAAACAUGGACGCAUAAAACCGGUACACCUAUUUUUGUGGCAAAGCUUUUUAUUCAACAACAAAUAAUUAGAUUGUUUUUUGUGUUAGCAGGAACGAAAAACUCU